GCUUCUCUUUGGUUUUGACCUUUCACACUCGUAUCCACGCUGCUAGUGGAAUGUGGUGGAAAAACGUGGACAGUUUAUUUAAUGUCCUUUAAUGCAUUCAACUAUUAGUUGGCACUUGUUUUCCCUAGGCUGGAUUUUAUAGCGUUUGACUCUUCGAGACACUGACACGAUGGGGAAGCCGCCCAAAAAGAGGAAUAUUGCAGACAAAGUCCGCAAGGUGAAAACGUCUACUGAGAUCAAGAAUAACCCUUUUGAGGUGAAAAUCAACAGGAAGAAAUUCGAUGUGCUUGGGAGGAAAAGCAAGCAUGAUGUGGGCCUUCCUGGGGUGUCCCGGUCCAAAUCUAUCAACAAGAGAAAAGAAACCCUCCUGAAAGAAUAUAAGCAGAAGAACAAGUCCAACAAACUCAUCGACAGGCGCUUGGGAGAGUACGACUCUAAGAUGGAUCCAGAAGACAAGAUCCUCCAGAGGUUUGCCAUGGAGAGACAGCGUGCCCAUGACAAGAAGGACUUGUACAACCUAAACGAAGAGGAGGAGUUAACACAUUAUGGACAAUCGCUGUCUGAAAUAGAGAAGUUCACCGACUUGGUGAACAGCGAUGACGAGACAGAGGAGAAGGGCCUUUUGUCAGCUGAGCUGACGGCUGCCCACUUUGGUGGGGGAGGCGGCCUCCUCAGGAAGAAGACCUCUGGGGAGCAGCAGGGGGAGGAGGGAGCGCCGAAAGCCAAGUCCAGACUGGAACUGAUUGAGGAGCUCAUCCACAAGUCCAAGCAGGAGAAGAGGGAGCGACAGGUGCAAAAAGAGGAGGCGCAGGAGCUGACAGAAAAGCUGGAUAAGGAUUGGAAGAGCAUCCAGGCUCUGAUGGUGCAGAAGAAGCCCAAAGCUCAGCGGGAGGAGAAGGAGGAAGCGGAGAAACCAAAGCUGGAGGACUACGACAUGAUGGUGAGGGAGCUUGGCUUCGAGAUGAAGGCUCAGCCCUCUGAGAAGAUGAAGACCCCUGAGGAGCUUGCCAGGGAGGAGCGCGAGAAGCUGCAGAAACUAGAAGCUGACCGUCUGAGAAGGAUGAUGGGAGAUGAAGAGCAAGCGGAAGGUACACGACAUCAGAGCCACUUGUCUGCCGACGACCUCAACGACGGCUUCAUCCUGGACAAAGACGACAAGAAGACUUUAGCCUAUCAGGAUGGCAAGUGGAACAUCGACGAAGAGUUGCUAGAAGACAACAACAAAGGUGACGAAGAGGGAGAAAGUAGUGAGGAGGAAGAUGAAGAAGAAGAAGAGGAGGAGGAGGAGGAGGAUGCAGGCAGCAGUGAGGAAGAGGAUGGUCAUUCAGACUUGGAAAGCGAGCGGGAAAGUGAAGCAGAAGAAGACGAGGCUGAAGCGCUCGGCGCCAAAGCCGAGAAGACCCUGAGCGAGGAGGAGAGGAAGGCCCAGCAGGAGGCCGCCAAAGCAGAACUUCCAUACACGUUUCCUGCUCCAGAAAACUACAAUGACCUUGAAAAGCUGCUGUGUGGCCACACCCCUGACAACCAGCGCCUCAUUGUGGCCAGGAUGCAGAAGUGCAACCACCCCAGUUUGGCAGUAGGAAAUAAGCUUAAACUGCAGAAACUAGUUGGCUUCCUGUUGGACUACUUUGGAGAACUGGCCCGCCGGAGUCCUCCUCAGCUCGCCGCCAUUGACAAGCUGAUCCCAGAGCUCUACACCCUGUGUCAGAUGUUUCCAGAAGAAGCCUGUAAGGCCAUGCAGACCAUCAUCGGGGAUGCUGCUCACAGCAUGGAGGAAGCGGUGGAGGUCAAAGGUCAUGCUGCUUUCCCAACACUGGACAUGCUCAUUCACCUGAAGGUGGCGGCUUUGCUCUUUCCCACGUCGGAUUUCCGACAUCCUGUCACGACACCGGCGCUCCUUUUCAUCGGCCAAGUUCUUACUAAGUGUCCAGUGAGGUCAUUACAGGACGUGACGUCAGGCUUAGUCCUGUGCUGUCUUGCUGUGGAGUACGUCUCCUUCUCCAAGCGUUUCCUGCCCGAGCUUUUGAACUUCCUGGCUGGAACGCUGCACCUGGCCGUGCAAGACAAGAGCUGCCCAGGUUACGCCGUCGUUCCGCCCUUCAGGUCCUCAGGGAGGCACACGGAUCUGUUGGUGCUGUCAGACUCGGAAUCCUGGAAGAGCUGGGACGGGAAAAGUCAGCUCCCGCUUUCUGCUGCACAGCACCUCUCACUGAAGACCGAUCUCGACCGCGAUCACUUCAGGUUGACGUGUGUGUCCGCCUGCAUGGACCUGCUGAAGAGAUGCUGUCUGCUCUACCGCGACCUCGUGGCCUUCACGUCCAUCUUUCAGCCAAUCAGGAGGCUGCUUUCACAACAUCUCUCCUCUCAGUUGUUACCCAAGCCUUUACAGGAGCUUCAAGCGGAGAUCCUGGAGGUCAUCAGCAGCGCUCCUGUUGCUCACAGCCACUUGGUGUUUGACAAGAAGAAGCCCGUCCCUCUGAAGCUGCUGACACCCAAGAUCGUGGAGGUGUUGGACUACGGCAAGAAGCGCGGCUUCACCAAGGAGCAGAGGGAGGCGGAGCGCGUGCAUCACAAGUACAAGAAGGAAUUCAAGGGAGCGCUGAGGGAGAUCAGGAAGGACUCGCGCUUCCUGGCCGGCGAGAAGCUCAACGAGGUCAUGAGCAGAGAUGCCGAGAGGAAGAGGAAGGUGAAGGAGCUCUUUGGCAGCUUGGCCACGCAGGAGGGAGAGUGGAAGGCCAUGAAGAGGAGGAAGACUUCUCUUCAACGCCGCAAAUAACCCAAGUGUCAUUUUCUUCUUUUUAUUGCGUCUUCAUGAUCGUUUCUGAAAAAAUAAGACACAUUUGGGACAAAAUGUCAUCUUCAUCAUCUCUUGAUAGCAAAGGAAAAAAUCUUCCUCUCCGUCAACACGGUCUGAUUGUGGGCCACUGGCAGCACGGCACUGCUGCUGAGGUUGGACGCCAUUAGCGUCAAUAGAAAGUUCUUCACCCACAAAGUAACGUGGUGGGAUCCCCUUGGCACCUUCCAUGGAACAGUGGAGCUUCAGGUUAUGCAGGCGCAUCCAACGGCAUCUGGCUACGUGGAGAUGUGGCAAGGCUCGUGACUGUGUGGUUUUGAAGGGACUUCUUCCAGAGGAAUAACCUGUCACUCUUUUGGAUCAUCUUGAACCUCCCCUCAUCUCAUGUAAAUCCAACUGAUAAGAACAUUUGGGGAUGGAUGUUUGACAAAAGCGGACGUCACUUUCAGACAGUGGAUGACCUCCGUGAAGCCAAGUCCACCUCCUGGAACAACAUUCCCGUAGCCUUAGAAGCUCUGGCAUCUGUCUGUGAGGUAUGGAGGGGUCAAGCUGUGUGAGAGCUUUGUCUGUGAUGAGAAGGAUUUUGAAAUGGAUAAUUUGGAGGUUGGGAAGCCAGUGGAGGUUUUUAAGGACAGGGUGAUGUGUUCACUAGGGGUGUGAAUCUACAAAAAGGAUUUGGCUUUAUUCCUUCUAGGCACUUGCCAGUAAAUUCUACUUAAGUGCUGUUUGUCUUUUUUUUUUUUUUACUAUGCACUACUUCAUCAUUCUUUUUGCCAUCUUAACACAGCAACAACUUUCCUCCCACGUUCCCAUGGAUAUGCAAUUCCAAUAGCAGUAGUUCAGUGGUAGAGUCAAACAAUGAAACAAUAAUUCCUGCUGUAAAAAAUACAGUACAGCAACAACAAAGUUAAAGUGACACUUUCAACAGUGCAAUCAAUGUUUGUUUAUAUUCCUGUCUGCUAAACAUAAUGCUAAUAUGAAUGCGCUAGCAGCUAGGCUAAUACAGUAGUGAGGAAAACAACUUCGACCCUUUUAAAAUAGUUUCCAAAUUGAGGAAGAAGCCAACAGCUGUUCUAAUGUCACCUGCUGUGGAUGAAAGAACACGAUGACUAAGCUUUUACCACAUUUUAUUCCACACUAAAAUCCAACUAAGGCGUUUUGUUCAUCACUGCUGAAAAUGGAAUAUGAUACAUGAACAGUGACAUCAGGAUACCAAAGAAUAGCCCAAAAAUCCAUCACAUAGACACUUAGGUGGUUCAUUGUGGUAGACACUGUAUCGUUCUGUUACGGCUAGCAGACACUGUAUCGUUACUGUUCCAUAUCGUUACUGUUCCAGCUAGCAGACACUGUAUCGUUACUGCUCCGGCUAGCAGACACUGUAUCGUUACUGCUCCGGCUAGCAGACACUGUAUCGUUACUGUUCCAUAUCGUUACUGUUCCAGUUAUUAGACACUGUAUCGUUACUGUUCCGGCUAGCAGACACUGUAUCGUUACUGUUCCAGCUAGCAGACACUGUAUC